AUGGACAACCGGCCCACUUCCGAGUACGCACAGCCAGGUUCGCACCACCCAGACACCGUUUCCGACGCACCUUCUGAACAAAGGCCAGACCAAUCUUCUGCUGCUGCUGCUCACUACACCCCGCAACCCGAGGUCCGACCUACGCCGCAGUACACGCCGCAACCUGAGGUUCGACCCAACAUUUCCUCGGCCAACACCCCUCAGUCGGAUUACGGUCUGAACCCUCCGCCGACCGCCCGUUCGCCUGCCUACCAGGACUACCUUCACCGUCCUCCCCAAUCCUACGCCCCCAACUCCCAACCCGGUAGUGCGGCAGGUAUGGCUCAAGCAACAAGUCCGUUCAACACCUUGCCUACGGGCCCGCGCAGUCCGCACUCAAAGUCUGACGCGCCCGUUCCUAUAGAUCCUUCGCUUCCGGCCAACAGCCCCACCUAUCCUCCUCCCUACUCUCCUUAUCAGCCUCAGGGGCAUGAGAUGGCGCAGUACCAGGGUCACCCCCUCCGCCUCAGCAUAUGUACGCGCGUCCCGAUUGGCCUCAUAGCUAUGGACAACAACAUCAUGGAUUGCCGGGACCUUAUACUUCCCCGGCCACAACGGUUGGUUCCACCUCUCCUGCUGCAUUCGGGCGGCGCGCUUCAAAGCGUACCUCUGCCCCUCCAAUCGCUCCUUUUACGAGAUGGGAUUGGGGUCUACUCAUUUGUCCCAAUUCCUGGUGCACAACAGCAUAAGCGUCCUCGUCGUCGUUACGAGGAAAUUGAGCGCAUGUAUAAGUGUGGAUGGAACGGGUGUGAGAAAGCAUAUGGUACUCUAAACCAUUUGAAUGCACACGUGACCAUGCAAUCGCACGGUGCGAAGCGUACUCCUGAGGAAUUCAAGGAAAUCCGCAAGGAAUGGAAGGCUCGCAAGAAGGAGGAAGAGGCUCAGCGUAAGGCUAUUGAGGAGCGCGAGCGUGCUGCCGCUCAAGCUGCCCAGGCCAACCAAGUCGAGCCUCCCAACCCCUCUGACCCAUCCCACGGACAGCCGCCUGCUUACGCCGGCGGAGUUCGCCCUCAACUCCCUCCGAUCGGAUACCAGCCCGCGGAUAGCCAGGUCCCCAGCCAGUACGGUGGUCCUCCUGGCGGUGGCAUGGUCUACCAGAACAACGGACAGAUGGCCUACCCUCCCAACUACCCUCACUCUCCCUACCAGAGCGGACCGGUGUACCCGCAACGUGAGUAA